AUGAAUAUAGCUGCUCAACCUGAUCCGCUCUUGACUGACAUAAGAAGGAUGAUUUUUGUAUCUCGAGAUGGUGGAAAUAAAAGAUUCGCAUCAGUUUUAUCCCCGGGCCAACAUGAAGGAUUAGGGAAAUCUGGGGAUCAUGAUAUAUCAUCAUGGGGCUGGAACUUGAGUGGUCAGCAUUCCACGUAUCAUGCAUUGUUUCCAAGAGCAUGGACUAUAUAUGAUGGUGAACCAGACCCCGAGUUAAAAGUGUCUUGUCGGCAAAUAUCACCAUUCAUACCACAUAAUUAUCGAGAGAGCAGUCUUCCUACUGCUGUUUUUGUUUACACAUUGGUGAACACUGGGAAGGAAAGGGCAAAAGUUAGCCUUCUUUUUACCUGGGCGAACUCAAUUGGAGGAAUAUCACACCUUUCAGGAGAUCAUGUGAAUGAGCCAUUCAUAGGAGAAGAUGGAGUCUCUGGUGUACUUCUACAUCACAAGCAAGUCAUCAAACCUUAA